CCGACAGGAAAUGACGACGGCAGAGGUCGGCCGGGGCUGCCGCGUCUAGGCAGUUCCUGUGCGCCAAGUCCCGAGCUAGGGGUAAAAAGGCCGGGAGCGGGACGAGGCACUGGCCCCGGGGCCGCCUCCCGAGCUUUCUUUUUUCUAUUAUAGUAUUAUGGCUGGAGGUUAUGGAGUGAUGGGAGAUGAUGGCUCUAUUGAUUAUACUGUUCAUGAAGCCUGGAAUGAAGCCACCAAUGUUUACCUGAUAGUGAUUCUUGUUAGCUUUGGCCUUUUCAUUUAUGCCAGAAGGAAUAAAAGGAAAAUCAUGAGAAUAUUCAGUGUACCACCCAUGUCAGAAAAUUUGACGGAGCCCAACUUCUAUGAUACAAUGAGUAAAAUCCGUUUAAGGCAACAAUUAGAAAUGUAUUCUCUUUCAAGGAAAUAUGACUAUCAGCAACCUCAAAACCAGACUGACAGUGUACAACUCUCCCUGGAAUGAAUGAACAUUUAUCACACAAGUUAUAUUUUGCUGACAAUGUGGAAGCAAAGUCAGUUUAGAAUUCUUUUUGCAAAAGCUUAAGAGCAUAAAUUUCUUUGAAUUUAUGUAUAAAAAACAUGUCACUUUUACAUGAUUUUUGCCUGUAUACAUUAUUUCCUUAUUGCAUAAAUGGAAACAUUACAGAGACUUUGAAUAUAGGGCAACUUGGCUUAAGGAAUACAUUUGAGUAGAUACAACUUUUGUUAAAAAGAGAAUAAUUGUAGCAUGUAAUUUAUUUUAGAGUCUUAAGGAAAAACUUGUUAGUCAAGGAUGAAAAUGUGUCUUCAGAUUCCUGGCAAUUAACAACAAGUAAUGUGAAAGAGACCGCACGUGGUGGGUAGUAGAAGGAGAGCUGGAUUUGGAAGCUUCAGACUCAACACCAUACCACACUUCUGCAGCUUAGUGUCUGUGUGUCCCUGGGUAAAAGACUUCAUAUCCACUUUCUAUAAGUGAGAUGUUUGAACCAGAUGAACCACAAGGGCCUUUCUAGGUCUAAAUCCUGUUACCUAAGUCUCAUUUCAAACAUUUUUUAUAGCUUAAAAAAAUAGAAGAGAAUUGCUGAAAAAACUAAUUGGAUUCUGUUGUAGUGGCAUAUAUCAAAUUUUUAGUUGACCAUUUCACACCUUCAUUUCUGCCUUCUCUGUUAGUUUGACCCACUGCCCUCUGCAAAUUCCUGCCUUUUUCUAAUUUUAUCUUUUUCUAAAUUUAAAUGUAAAUUUCCUAAAUUUUAUUUUGUGGUUCCUUUUUUUCUUGAUUAUAUUGAUAUGAUUUAUCCCUCCCCUCAUUGUUUGGGAGGAAGGGGGGACAGCCAGAGGGAGAGUGGGUGGUUACCCUGAUGAAUCACCAGGGUGAGCUGUGCCUGCCUGGGCCUCUGUGUUUGGGUGCUGGCCCCAUUACAACCAUUGUGUAUUGUUUAUGCUUUUUGGCUAAUAGCUUCUUGGAAAAUUCUUGUAUAUCAUAUGCUUCAUUAUAUUAUGAUGUUCAGAAGAGUAUUUAUUGGAAUCUAUAUAUUAUUUUUCAUGUUUUAUUUAAUAUCAAUGCAAUUACUUCAAAAGAAGACAAUUGAUUAGAAAGUGGUAAAAUUGUAGAAACUUAACUGUUCAUUAAUUUAGCUAAGAUUUAGUACUCGAAUCAUAGCUCUUAAUUUUCAAAGACACAGCAAGUGGUAUUAUUUAUCCAUGCCUCUAAAAAUAUAGGAAUUGAUUCAUAAUAUAAUAUAAUUUUGAAUUUUAAAAACAGAUAAAAUCAUGAAAAUCAGUUUCCUUUUUAAAAAAAUUAAAUUAUAUUAUUCAAAGUGAA